GUGAUAUGUGGUUGUCCCACCUAGCGACCAGGUGACUGUGAUAUGUGGUUGUCCCACCUAGCGACCAGGUGACUGUGAUAUGUGGUUGUCCCACCUAGCGACCAGGUGACUGUGAUAUGUGGUUGUCCCACCUAGCUACCAGGUGACUGUGAUAUGUGGUUGUCCUACCUAGCUACCAGGUGACUGUGAUAUGUGGUUGUCCCACCUAGCGACCAGGUGACUGUGAUAUGUGGUUGUCCCACCUAGCUACCAGGUGACUGUGAUAUGUGGUUGUCCCACCUAGCGACCAGGUGACUGUGAUAUGUGGUUGUCCCAUCUAGCUAUCAGGUGACUGUGAUAUGUGGUUGUCCCACCUAGCUACCAGGUGACUGUGAUAUGUGGUUGUCCCACCUAGCUACCAGGUGACUGUGAUAUGUGGUUGUCCCACCUAGCUAUCUGAAGAUGAAUGCACUAACUGUAAGUGUCUGUGGAGAAGAGCAUCUCCUGAAUGACCAACCUGUCAAUGUCAGGUCUUCAUCUAUCCCCUCUACUCAGGGCUGGAAUGUCUUGAAAUCUAGCUAAUCAAUGCUUUUAAUCAAUCAAUUAACUGCCAGAGAGAACAUAACAACAAUCUGUACUGUAGACCUCAAUGCCUGUUGAUUGGAAACAUACUGUAUUUUAUGGCAGUCUUUCUAAUAUUGUCUUUAGCAUGAUUUAAGGUUGUGAAAGCUACUGAGCUAUUUCAGGUGUAACGGCUGUGAUGACUCGUUAGAGAGCGCUGAGAACAGAAGGAUUGGAAUAUGGAUUAGAUUAAUGCCAAACAAGCCUGGAGAAUAAUGGACAGCCUUUACCGUCUUAACAGAAUACAUCUAUUACCAGGUGGAGCAGGGGAAUUAUGCAGGUACAUUUAGGAUCCAAUGAGAUGAUGUCUUGGUAAUGAAGUUAAAUUGAUGUGGCCAAUGAGCUGGCUACACCCUACAGCCUGUGAUGCUAGCUCACACCCUGAUACAGGAUGCCUCCCAGAUGGCACCCUAUUCCCUAUAUAGUGCACUACUUUAGACCAGAGAAUGGCACCCUAUUCCCUAUAUAGUGCACUACUUUAGACCAGAGAAUGGCACCCUAUUCCCUAUAUAGUGCACUACUUUAGACCAGCAAUGCAGAUGUAGAGGCACGUUGGUUAGGAAAAACUCCCUGGAAAGGCCGGAACCUACAUUUUACAUUUAAAUUUUUGUCAUUUAGCAGACGCUCUUAUCCAGAGCGACUUACAGUUAGCACAUACAUUAUUUUAUCGAACCCACAACCCUGGCAUUGCAAACGCCAUGCUCUACCAACUGAGCUACAUCCCCUGGGAAGAAACCUAGAGAGGAACCAGGCUCUGAGGGGAAAAACUCCCUAGAAAGGCAGGAACCUAGGAAGAAACCUAGAGAGGAACCAGGCUCUGAGGGGAAAAACUCCCUAGAAAGGCAGGAACCUAGGAAGAAACCUAGAGAGGAACCAGGCUCUGAGGGGAAAAACUCCCUAGAAAGGCAGGAACCUAGGAAGAAACCUAGAGAGGAACCAGGCUCUGAGGGGUGGCCAGUCCUCUUCUGGCUGUGCUGGGUGGAGAUAGUACAUGGCCAUUAAGGCCAGAUUGUUCUUCAAGAUGUUCAAACGUUCAUAGAUGACCAGCAGGGUCAUUCAGAGGUCGAGACAGCAGGUGAGAGAGAGAGAGAGAGAGAGAGAGAGAGAGAGAGAGAGAGAGAGAGAGAAACAGCAGAUCCGGGACAAGGUAGCACGUCCGGUGAACAGGUCAGGGUUCCAUAGCCGCAGGCAGAACAGCAGAAACUGGAGCAGCAGCACGACCAGGUGGACUGGGGACAGCCAGGAGUCAUCAGGCCAGGUAGUCCUGAGACAUGGUCCUAUGGCUCAGAUCCUCCGGGAGGGGAGGGUAGGGAGAAUUAAAGCUGUGUGUCUUUCUGGGUAAGUCUCUAAGAGCUUUCCACACCUGGAUUGUGCUACAUUCGUCGAUUACUCUUUUCAAAAUUCUUCAAGUUCUGUCAAAUUGUUUGUUGAUCAUUACUAAACAACCAUUUUCAUGUCUUGCCUUAUCUUUAAUCUGAGUCUAGAGGAAAGUCUUUGUCCUCAGGCCUGGAAGGAAGCAAAGGCAUUCCGCUACCCAAGAGUGGUAAAAGCGGCCUUUACUGGUUUUAACAGCAGACCUAUCAGCUUGCUGCCAGCACUUAGCAAACUGUUGGAAAAAAUUGUGUUUGACCAAAUACAAUGCUAUUUCUCUGUAAACAAAUUAACAACAGACUGUCAGCAUGCUUAUAAAGAAGGGCACUCAACAUGCACUGAUGAUUGAUUUAAAUAAAUUGAUAAUAAGAAGAUUGUGGGAGCUGUACUGUUAGAUUUCGGUGCAGCCUUUGAUAUUGUUGACCAUAACCUGUUGUUAAGAAAACUUACCUGUUAUGGCUUUUCAACCUCUGCCAUAUCGUGGAUUCAGAGCUACAGUGGGGAGAACAAGUAUUUGAUACACUGCCGAUUUUGCAGGUUUUCCUACUUACAAAGCAUGUAGAGGUCUGUAAUUUUUAUCAUAGGUACACUUCAACUGUGAGAGACGGAAUCUAGAAAUCCAGAAAAUCACAUUGUAUGAUUUUUAAGUAAUUAAUUUGCAUUUUAUUGCAUGACAUAAGUAUUUGAUCACCUACCAACCAGUAAGAAUUCCGGCUCUCACAGACCUGUUAGUUUUUCUUUAAGAAGCCCUCCUGUUCUCCACUCAUUACCUGUAUUAAUCUGCACCUGUUUGAACUCGUUACCUGUAUAAAAGACACCUGUCCACACACUCAAUCAAACAGACUCCAACCUCUCCACAAUGGCCAAGACCAGAGAGAUGUGUAAGGACAUCAGGGAUAAAAUUGUAGACCUGCACAAGGCUGGGAUGGGCUACAGGACAAUAGGCAAACAGCUUGGUGAGAAGGCAACAACUGUUGGCGCAAUUCUUAGAAAAUGGAAGAAGUUCAAGAUGACGGUCAAUCACCCUCGGUCUGGGGCUCCAUGCAAGAUCUCACCUCGUGGGGCAUCAAUGAUCAUGAGGAAGGUGAGGGAUCAGCCCAGAACUACACGGCAGGACCUGGUCAAUGACCUGAAGAGAACUGGGACCACAGUCUCAAAGAAAACCAUUAGUAACACAAUACGCCAUCAUGGAUUAAAAUCCUGCAGCGCACGCAAGGUCCCCCUGCUCAAGCCAGCGCAUGUCCAGGCCUGUCUGAAGUUUGCCAAUGACCAUCUGGAUGAUCCAGAGGAGGAAUGGGAGAAGGUCAUGUGGUCUGAUGAGACAAAAAUAGAGCUUUUUGGUCUAAACUCCACUCGCCGUGUUUGGAGGAAGAAGGAUGAGUACAACCCCAAGAACACCAUCCCAACCGUGAAGCAUGGAGGUGGAAACAUCAUUCUUUGGGGAUGCUUUUCUGCAAAGGGGACAGGAUGACUGCACCGUAUUGAGGGGAGGAUGGAUGGGGCCAUGUAUUGCGAGAUAUUGGCCAACAACCUCCUUCCCUCAGUAAGAGCAUUGAAGAUGGGUCGUGGCUGGGUCUUCCAACAUGACAACGACCUGAAACACACAGCCAGGGCAACUAAGGAGUGGCUCCGUAAGAAGCAUCUCAAGGUCCUAGAGUGGCCUAGCCAGUCUCCAGACCUGAACCCAAUAGAACAUCUUUGGAGGGAGCUGAAAGUCCGUAUUGCCCAGCGACAGCCCCGAAACCUGAAGGAUCUGGAGAAGGUCUGUAUGGAGGAGUGGGCCAAAAUCCCUGCUGCAGUGUGUGCAAACCUGGUCAAGACCUACAGGAAACGUAUGAUCUCUGUAAUUGCAAACAAAGGUUUAUGUACCAAAUAUUAAAGUUCUGCUUUUCUGAUGUAUCAAAUACUUAUGUCAUGCAAUAAAAUGCAAAUUAAUUACUUAAAAAUCAUACAAUGUGAUUUUUUGUUUUUUUGUUUUAGAUUCUGUCUCUCACAGUCGAAGUGUACCUAUGAUAAAAAUUACAGACCUCUACAUGCUUUGUAAGUAGGAAAACCUGCAAAAUCGGCAGUGUAUCAAAUACUUGUUCUCCCCACUGUAUAUAUACAGUGUUGUAACAAUGUGCAAAUAGUUAAAGUACAAAUGGGAAAAUAAAUCAACAUAAAUAUGGGUUGUAUUUACAAUGGUGUUUGUUCUUCACUGGUUGCCCUUUUCUUGUGGCAACAGGUCACAAAUCUUGCUGCUGUGAUGGCACACUGUGGUUUUUCACCCAGUAGAAAAGGGAGUUGAAUAAUUCCCUACAUAGAGUAGUGCACUACUUUUGACCAGGGCCCAGCACCCUAUUCCCUACAUAGAGUAGUGCACUACUUUUGACCAGGGCCCAGCACCCUAUUCCCUACAUAGAGUAGUGCACUACUUUUGACCAGGGCCCAGCACCCUAUUCCCUACAUAGAGUAGUGCACUACUUUUGACCAGGGCCCAGCACCCUAUUCCCUACAUAGAGUAGUGCACUACUUUUGACCAGGGUCCAGCACCCUAUUCCCUACAUAGAGUAGUGCACUACUUUUGACCAGGGCCCAGCACCCUAUUCCCUACAUAGAGUAGUGCACUACUUUUGACCAGGGUCCAGCACCCUAUUCCCUACAUAGAGUAGUGCACUACUUUUGACCAGGGCCCAGCACCCUAUUCCCUACAUAGAGUAGUGCACUACUUUUGACCAGGGUCCAGCACCCUAUUCCCUACAUAGAGUAGUGCACUACUUUUGACCAGGGCCCAGCACCCUAUACCCUACAUAGUGCACUACUUUUGACCAGGGGCCAUAAAGGCUCUAUUGAAAAGUAGUGCACUAUAUAGGGAAUAGGGUACCAUUUGGGAGGCAUACCAGGCAGCCAGGUUUAGCUGCUUCGUGUGUGUAUCUCUGUAUGCUCUGGAUAAGAGCGUCUGCUAAAUGACUCUCUGGAUAAGAGCGUCUGCUAAAUGACUCUCUGGAUAAGAGCGUCUGCUAAAUGACUCUCUGGAUAAGAGCGUCUGCUAAAUGACUCUCUGGAUAAGAGCGUCUGCUAAAUGACUCUCUGGAUAAGAGCGUCUGCUAAAUGACUCUCUGGAUAAGAGCGUCUGCUAAAUGACUCUCUGGAUAAGAGCGUCUGCUAAAUUACCUAAAUGUAAAUGUAUCCUGCAACAGCUUUCUUCUGUUAAUGUAGUUACAGGAUGAGUCAUAGGGCCCUAGUCAAAAGUAGUGCACUACUCUAUGUAGGGAAUAGGGAGCUGGACCCUGGUCAAAAGUAGUGCACUACUCUAUGUAGGGAAUAGGGUGCUGGACCCUGGUCAAAAGUAGUGCACUACUCUAUGUAGGGAAUAGGGUGCUGGACCCUGGUCAAAAGUAGUGCACUACUCUAUGUAGGGAAUAGGGUGCUGGACCCUGGUCAAAAGUAGUGCACUACUCUAUGUAGGGAAUAGGGUGCUGGGCCCUGGUUCUGGGAGAGCUGCCAUUUUAAUGCUUAUUCAGGGAAAUACUGUCAUGGAAAUGUGGAACCAACUGGAUUAUAGUUCUGAUAUCUGGGUUUUAAUCAUAUCAGUGUUUUCAGCUCUCACACAGCUGAUCUUAUGGAUCAUCAUCUCUGGCGUAAUGUUUUGCAAUGUGAAAUCUAGCUUGUGGAAUUGAAAGGCCAACCAUGAAUAAUAGUUAGAAUCCACCAGUGUGUCAAACCUCUCACAGUUUCCUCUGCUCCCCUUACAGUUCCACCAGUCAUCCUGAAACUGGCCGAGCCAUGCCGUGUCAAAACCCUCACAGUUUCCUCUGCUCCCCUUACAGUUCCACCAGUCAUCCUGAAACUGGCCGAGCCAUGCCGUGUCAAAACCCUCACAGUUUCCUCUGCUCCCCUUACAGUUCCACCAGUCAUCCUGAAACUGGCCGAGCCUGAGCGGCGCCAUGACACCUGCAUAGAGUUCACAGUGAGAGGCUAUCCCUCCCCAACACUGCGAUGGUACCACAAACAGGUGGGAUUUCAUUACUUUUUUUCAUCUCUAUUAUGUAAAGCAGCAUUUACAAAUCCUGCUCCUGGCGACCCCAAGAGGUGCAUGUUUUAGUUUUUUCCCGGGGACUACACAGCUGACUGAAAUCAUCAAAGGCUUGAUGAUGAGCUGGUUGUUUCAAUCAGGUGAGUAGUGCUGGGAAAAACCUCAAAAAGGAUUCAGAACCAAUGAUGUAAAGAGUCUGGGUCUUUUGAAAAGGUUGAAAAAUAAACGGUAUUCUGAUCAUUAUUGUACACAGAGAGAGAUCCUGCCGAGUGACUACAUCAGAACAGAGAUGGAUUUCUACCAGGACUAUCUGGAGGGCUGUCUGACUUUUAACAACCCAACACACUUCGACAAUGGGAACUACACGCUGGAGGCCUCCAACUCCCUGGGGACCGUCACCAAGACUGUCUACGGACACUUCCUCAUGGCACCGCCCUUUGACCCCGACCCUGACGGUAACCACAACAUCUUCUUAGAGAGGGACAACGUACAACAAAAAGAUAAUUCUCAGAGCAGUGAGAAAUGAUUUAGCUAAAAGCAAAUGGAUGCAUUGCGCCAGAUUUAGCUAAAUGCACAUUUGGAUUAUUCAAUUUGGAGCUUCUAGUGGUAGAAGACAGUUAAGUCUGACACCUAAGAAUCGGUGGCAUAUUAGCACGAUAAAUGUAAGCAGAAUAUCAUUCAUAUCACUCAUUCAUUCAUUCAUUCAUUCAUUCAUUUACAUGACCCUUUUUCAUCUCCUUUUCAGAAAUUGUGGAAUAUGGUAAGUGUUUUGACUUACUAGUGUUAUUAUAUUAUAUUGGCCCUGCUGUAGCUCAGUUGGUAGAGCAUGGCGCUUGCAACGCAAGGGUUGUGGGUUCGUUUCCCACGGGGGGCCAGUAUGAAAAAUGUAUGCACUCACUCAUUGGAUGUCGCUCUGGAUAAGAGGGGGGGGCUUUGAGGUGAAUAGUUAUGCACGCUCAAGUUUUCUGUUUUUUUGUCUUAUUUCUUGUUUGUUUCACAACAACAAAAAUAUUUUGCAUCUUCAAAGUGGUAGGCAUGUUGUGUAAAUCAAAUGAUACAAACCCCCCAAAAAUCAAUGUUAAUUCCAGGUUGUAAGGCAACACAAUAGGAAAAAUGCCAAGGGGGGUGAAUACUAAUGCCAAGGGGGGUGAUACUAAUGCCAAGGGGGGUGAAUACUAAUACCAAGGGGGGUGAAAACUAAUGCCAAGGGGGGUGAAUACUAAUGCCAAGGGGGGUGAAUACUAAUGCCAAGGGGGGUGAAUACUAAUGCCAAGGGGGGUGAAAACUAAUGCCAAGGGGGGUGAAUACUAAUGCCAAGGGGGGUGAAUACUAAUGCCAAGGGGGGUGAAUACUAAUGCCAAGGGGGGUGAAUACUAAUGCCAAUGGGGGUGAAUACUAAUACCAAGGGGGGUGAAUACUAAUACCAAGGGGGGUGAAUACUAAUACCAAGGGGGGUGAAUACUAAUGCCAAGGGGGGUGAAAACUAAUGCCAAGGGGGGUGAAUACUAAUGCCAAGGGGGGUGAAUACUAAUGCCAAGGGGGGUGAAUACUAAUGCAAAGGGGGGUGAAUACUAAUGCCAAUGGGGGUGAAUACUAAUACCAAGGGGGGCGAAUACUAAUACCAAGGGGGUGAAUACUAAUGCCAAUGGGGGUGAAUACUAAUACCAAGGGGGGUGAAUACUAAUACCAAGGGGGGUGAAUACUAAUGCCAAGGGGGGAGAAUACUAAUGCCAAGGGGGGUGAAUACUUUCCCAAGCCGCUGUAGGGAACUUGGCCUGCGUACGAUGCUUUGAUGUCACUACGUUGAAUAAGAGACCAUUAUUCUUCCAUUGAUGAAUGGUGAUGAAAUAUCAGUUUGGUUUCUUGCCCUCUACCUGUGUCCUUCCAGAUAGACCAGGAUAAACCUGAUACAGAGGCUAUUUCUUUUGGCCUAUUGCCCUUGUAUAUUUGGUACAUUUACUUGUAUAAUUUUUUGUAUGAUAUGGCGCUUUCACCAUUGGAUCACCAAGACCUGCAAAUUAAUCUAGUCAACCUGUCUUGCCUGCUGUACACACCUUCUCUAUUCAUCUACUGUCCAUAAUGUAUAUACACACCAUCCUAUAUAACUACUGCUGCACCAUUAUAUGUAUAUGUAUUUAUAUUCCGGUCUCUGACAUUGCUCGUUCUGAUAUUUCUUAAUUUCUAUGUCAUUUGUAUUUUUCUGGAUUAUGUGUGUAUUGUAUAUUUUUUUAUUGCUAGGUAUUACUGCACUGUUGGAGCUAGAAACACAACCAUUUAGCUGGGUAUUACUGUACUGUUGGAGCUAGAAACACAAGCAUUUAGCUAGAUAUUACUACACUGUUGGAGCUAGAAACACAAGCAUUUUGCUGCACCUGCAAUAACAUCUACAAAUCUGUGUCUGCGACCAAUAAAGUUUUGAUUUGCUGAUGUCAUGCCCUUACGACUGCUACUAGGUCCCCAUUUUACAAUGACAUCAUCAAAAUGUGUUGUCGACUAAAUAAUGAAAGGGCUGUCUGGUUCCUCAAUAAAUAGACAAAGAUUUGGAGUUGAACAAGUCAUUGCAUGUAUAGAUUUUAUUUUUACUUGACUUGAGACUUGAUUUAAAAAACUUGUGAAUUAACUUGACUUGUCAUGCUCUUAAAAUGCCCGACUUAGACUUGAUUGGAGACUCGACCUGUUCUACUUGGGACUGAAGACUCGGACCUUGUGAUUUGAGACUUGCUUGUGACUCGAAUAAUAGUGACUUGGUCCUUCCUCUGGUUAUUUGACUAUGCAGACAAUCUGGAAUUUUCAUCACAGUAAUAUUUCUCAUAAAAACUAGAAGAGAAGCAGUUCAUCUCUCAUCAACCCUCAUCCAGGAAAGACUGGCAUGCAUGUUGUUGAUGUUAGUUCUGUAUGUGCAUUUAAGGGCAAGGCGUGCUGCUCUGUUUUGAGCCAGCUUGUAACGGAGACGCAGGGAGUCAGGAAGCAGGUGCAGUUGGUGAGUUUAAUAAUAACGAACAUGGAGAGAUACAAUACGAGAAGCGUCUGGAGAAAACAGAACCAAUACUGCCUGAAGAGUGAGGAUACAGAGAGCUAGAUAAAGGGGGACUGAUCAAGGUAGUGAUGAAGUCCAGGUGUGUGUAAUGAUGGUUGCCAGGUGUGCGUAAUGAUGGUUGCCAGGUGUGUGUAAUGAUGGUUGCCAGGUGUGUGUAAUGAUGGUUGCCAGGUGUGCGUAAUGAUGGUUGCCAGGUGUGCGUAAUGAUGGUUGCCAGGUGUGUGUAAUGAUGGUUGCCAGGUGUGUGUAAUGAUGGUUGCCAGGUGUGUGUAAUGAUGGUUGCCAGGUGUGUGUAAUGAUGGUUGCCAGGUGUGUGUAAUGAUGGUUGCCAGGUGUGCGUAAUGAUGGUUGCCAGGUGUGCGUAAUGAUGGUUGCCAGGUGUGUGUAAUGAUGGUUGCCAGGUGUGUGUAGAUGCAUGGUAUGUGCCAGGUGUGGUAAUGAUGGUUGCCAGGUGUGUGUAAUGAUGGUUGCCAGGUGUGUGUAAUGAUGGUUGCCAGGUGUGUGUAAUGAUGGUUGCCAGGUGUGCGUAAUGAUGGUUGCCAGGUGUGGUAAUGAUGGUUGCCAGGUGUGUGUAAUGAUGGUUGCCAGGUGUGUAAUGAUGGUUGCCAGGUGUGUGUAAUGAUGGGUUGCCAGGUGUGUGUAAUGAUGGGGCGCAGGUGUGCGUAAUGAUGGUUGCCAGGUGUGCGUAAUGAUGGUUGCCAGGUGUGCGUAAUGAUGGUUGCCAGGUGUGUGUAAUGAUGGGUUGCCAGGUGUGUGUAAUGAUGGUUGCCAGGUGUGAACACUGUUAGUUCUAUUGGAUAACUCUCCAACCAUGUGACCAUGUGAUGGCAGGUGAUGUAAAUCCAUAGCAAUAGCAUUUUUUCUAAAACAAUUUAUGAUCAAUAACAUCAAAGGCUGCACUGAAAUCUAACAAUACAGCUCCAACUAUCAUCUUAUUAUCCAUUUCUUUUAACCAAUCAUCAUCUGAGUCAGUGCAG